AUGGCCCAAGCCGACUCUAUUGCAAAGGCCGUUCUUGAAGAGUUUGACAGGCUUCCUACGAACCGGAAACCGGCCGUACGCUCGAAUGGUAUCCGUGAGUGGGUGCCAUUGAGUGGGAUCGUAGCUGAACUGGCUGAUGGCCAGCUCGUUUGUGUUGCUCUAGCAACUGGCAUGAAAUGUCUUCCGUCAUCGAAGCUAUCCAAGUCCAAAGGUGUGGGCAUUCACGACUGGCACGCUGAGGCGCUUGCUUUGCGCGCUUUCAACCGGUUUAUUUUGCAGGAGUGUCGCGAUGUGAUGCUUCAGGGCGACGAGUCUCCAUUUGUAAGGUUUCGACACGAUGGCAAUGGCACAGUGAAAAGAGGCGAUGGCACAGAUAUCACCUACAGUGGCCAGCUGUUUGAGUGGCGCCAUGAUGUUGUCUUGCAUAUGUACUGCUCAGAAGCCCCUUGUAAGAUUACCUGUCUGUCCAAAUCAGGAGACACAGAUACGGGGCAAGUGACCGGCUCUAAUAUACAUACGUUGCUAACACCAUGGGAAGGUGGUGAUGCUAGCAUGGAGCUGACCAUGGCUGCCCAAGAGGACGCUUCGCCUUGGGAUGCACCAAUAACAGCUGAAGAGGAUGCGCCGGGCAGCUUGGGCUUGCUCUCGGGUCGUGGAUUUUUCUCACGACUUGGCACAGUACGGAGGAAGCCAGGUCGCGCUGAUGCACCGCCGACAUUAUCCAAGUCAUGUUCCGACAAGUUGGCCCUUCGCCAGUGUACGACACUACUGAGUGGACUUGCGACGCUGCUCAUUACGCCUAGCACAGGACUAUACCUUCGCUCUGUUGUCUUGCCAUCGUCGCAGUAUUCAGAGACGGGCUGCCGCCGUUGCUUCUCUGCCGAGACCGAUGUCGGCCGACUGGCUCCGGUGGCAGAACGUAUCUGGCCCCGACCAUAUGCGUUUGUGCCAUUUGCGGUGAAAACAACUGAUCUCGAGUUUGCAUUUUCCACACGACAUCCCUCUAUGAUCUCGACCAAGAAUGCAAGCAGUAAUCUCGCGGUCGCAUGGACCCUCAACGGUAUCAACGAAUGUUUGGUGAAUGGUGUCCUCCGUGGGCGUAAAGAAUUUGACCCGAUUGGUGCCAGUGCUGUCUCGAGGCGUCAGAUGUGGAAGCUGGCACAGCAAGUCGCCACGAUGGUCAUGGACAAUGCUCAGGGCUCUGAUGAUACUAAGCGGCCCGAAGAGAAGACGCUUCAAAGGCUGUUUGACUGCAAAACGUAUAACGCUCUCAAAGCUUCUCCUUUACUUGCUGCACGACGAGCGGUGAAGGAUGAUGUCAAGAACCUCGCAUUGAUGGGAUGGACGCCAAACGAAAACGACGGAAACUGGGGAUUGAACACUAUAUAG